UUCCUGAAUUCAUUUUCAUUUCGUGCCAUGCCAACGGCUGUUAAAGAUCGCGCUACUCUUCGGUUCCACAAAAGAUAUUGUCAUCUAUAUAAUUACGCGCGGCCUACGACGAAAGAGCGGAAAGAACAAAUUAAAUGGAGAACGCGAGUUAAAGACAGAGAAAUCAAAGUGAAACCGAACAGGGUUAAGGUUAUACGAAAGCCAAAAGAUUAAAAGUGUAAUAUAGAGAUUUAUAAAAACAUGUCCAGUUGGAGCUUGGCCAGUGCUGUGUCCCCAAAUGUCACCAGUGGCGAUGUCAUCCGGCUGAAUAACCUCAGGUCGAGCUCUGAAACGAAUCUGCCAACUCGUGGGUCUGAAAAAUAUGGAGGAUCUGGAGGACUACCGCGACCCACGACUCCGGUGCCCGGCAGGAAAUUAUCCUCCAAGCGACCACCACACUUGACCCUGAAUGUUUCAGCCAAAUCCCAUGAUGCUCCGCUGGCCGAAACGGAAAACACGGUACUUUCGGCCAGCGCCUCCAUCUAUGGCACUCCAAUGGGCGCCACACCCAUUUCGUCACCUGCGAGUCACAGUCAAAGGAGUCAGAAGAGCCAGAAUAGUGACGAAAGCCGCCACAGCAGCAGCACCGCCACCAGCGGAGGGUCCAUCUUCCCCCACGAACAGUACAAAACCAUCAAAAAGAUCAACAUCGGAUUCGAGAACAUUUGCUACACCACCAAAUUUGGAGUCUUCCAGAAGGAAACCAAAGAUGUACUCAUGGGACUAACAGGUUACUUUAAGUCGGGGGAGCUGAGUGCUAUACUUGGACCCUCGGGUGCUGGAAAGAGUACCCUGCUCAAUAUUCUAUCCGGAUACACAACGUAUGGCUAUACGGGAAACUUUCGAAUCAAUGGCAAUCAAAGGGAUCUGAAGGCCUUCAAACCGAACUUGGCCUUCAUCCGACAGGAUACGAGUCUUCAGGCCUUUCUCUCCGUUAAGGAGGCGAUGCACUUUGCGGCCAAUUUGAAGAUCGGCCACCACAUGACGCUGAGCGAGAAAAAAGAGCGCGUGAAGAGCAUUCUGGAGGCCAUUGGGAUGUACGAGAACCGGCACACGAGGACGGGCCAGCUCAGUGGAGGUCAGAAGAAGCGACUGGCGAUUGCCCUGGAGCUGGUGAACAAUCCACCGGUACUAAUCUUAGACGAACCCACAACGGGCCUAGAUAGUUCCACCUCCAAUCAGCUAAUAAAUCUGCUCAAGAAGCUCGCCCUCGAGGGGCGAACAGUCAUCUGCACAAUACACCAGCCAAGUGCCUUGACAUUCGCCAUGUUCGACCAUCUGUAUGCAAUUGGCGAGGGCCAGUGCAUUUACUCUGGCGGAUCACAGAACCUACUGCCCUUCCUGGGCGCCCUCAAUCUGCACUGCCCGGAAUCCUACAAUCCAGCGGAUUACUUAAUGGAAAUAGCUACUCAUGACUAUGACACAGAGGAUGACAACCAGCUGAAGAAGCUGGUGGCUCUGAUAGACAAUGGCCGCAAUGAGGAUUACAGACAGAGCAAGUCUGCCCGAGUGGCGCAACUAGCGGCCAUGAAGAAAGUUGAUCAACUAAUGGCAGCGGGCCUAAUCACACCAGUGACUGCUCCUGUAAUGUCCACAUCUGUGCCAGCGCAUUUUUUGCAGGGUAGUACCUUCAAGCCACUCACGCCAAUCAAUGAGCUAUCUUCCCGGGUGUGGGACAGUCAAACGACGGGAAUCGGAAGCGGCGAUGUGGGUGGAAAGUCCGCCGGAAGCUGUUGCAAGCCAAAGAAAAAGAAGAAACCCAGGCCAGCACUGGAGCUGGAUCCAUCGCAUCUGUGCAAGCGGCAGAACAUCUACGCCACUCCAUUCUACCGCCAGCUGGGCAUCCUGCUGGUUAGGACCUUCCUGCUGAUUUGGCGGGACAGCUCGCUGACCACAAUGCGAUUUGCAAUUCACCUAAUCACCGGGCUGCUUAUUGGAACCCUGUACUUUGGGAUCGGUAACGAUGCCUCCCAGACGCUGAAUAUCUUCCGAUACCUCUUCUACACCAUCAUGUUCAUCAUGUACUGUGCGUUUUCGGGGAUACUGGUAAAGUUUCCUCUGGAGUUUCCCAUUGUAUCCCGCGAACACUUCAAUCGCUGGUACUCCCUGCGAGCGUAUUACGUGGCCAUCACUCUGGCGGACCUGCCCAUCCAGAUCAUCUGCAGUGCCCUGUUUAUAGUGCCCACCUAUCUGUUGACCCAACAGCCUUUGGAGCCCUGGCGGUUUGGACUCUUCUUCCUAAUUGUGUUCGUUACAGCUCUGGUUUCCCAGAGCAUCGGAUUGGCAGUGGGAGCGGCACUCAGUCUUAAGUUGGGCUCCAUCCUGGGGCCCUUCUUCAUCUGCCCGUUCCUGCAGUUCAGCGGGUUCUUUCUGAUGGAGAAGGACGCUCCGGUCUAUAUGCGCUGGAUGUUUGACGUGUCCUUUCUCAAGUACAGUCUGGAGGGAGCCAUGGCGGCCAUUUUUGGAUACGAUCGUGAGCGUUUGGUAUGCGAGGAGAUGUACUGCCAUCUGAUGGUGCCGAAGCACAUUCUUAAAAGCCUGGACAUGGCCGAUCCGAACUAUAGUCUUGCACUCAUCUUUCUGCUCGGUAUUUUGGUCUUUCUGCGCAUCCUGGCAUUCUACAUCAUGUCCUUCCGCCUAAGAUUGAUAAUCAGCCGCCGUCAAAUGUCCGAUAACGCGGUACAAAUUCAGGCGAAUGGCCUGGCCCAAAAGCAACAGGCGCUGGAAUUGCAUUUUAGCCAAGUUAGCUACUCAUUGAAGGGAGCAGCGAAGGGCUCAACACCAAUUCUAAACGAGGCAUGCGGGGUCUUCAAAUCAGGACGAUUGACGGCCAUUCUGGGUCCCUCGGGAGCCGGAAAAUCCACAUUGCUCAAUGCUUUGGCAGGAUUCAAACUCCAAGGAGUUUCAGGGCAGUUUCUCUUAAAUGGUAAACCCAGGGAUAUGCAGUCGUUUCGGAAAAUGUCAGCCUACAUUGCCCAGGAUUUUGUAAUGCUGAAUCUUCUCACUGUUGAGGAGACAUUGCGAGUUUCCGUUGACCUUAAGAUGCCCAGUUCCACGAAUCCUGAGGACAAACAAAAAACUAUAGACGAUAUUAUCGACAUACUGCAGCUGCAAUCCUGUCGCAAAACUUUGGUAAGGAAUAUAUCUGGAGGCGAACACAAGCGCCUGUCCAUUGGGAUUGAACUGGUCACGAAUCCACCCGUUAUGUUCUUUGAUGAACCCACCAGUGGACUGGAUUGUGUGGCCAGCUACCAGGUGAUCUGCCACUUGCAACAACUAGCCCACGAUGGCAGGAUAGUGGUCUGUGUUGUGCAUCAGCCGGGCUCGCGACUUUUCCAGCUUUUCGAUGACGUCCUGGUUUUGGCACACGGAGAGGUUCUCUAUGCCGGCGAACAGCGGGAAAUGUUGGGCACGUUUGCAACCUUCGGUCACAUCUGUCCACAGUACUAUAAUCCUGCGGAUUUUGCGCUGGAAGUGUGCAGUCAAUCCUCCACCUCCGAACGCUGCGAAUCGCUCAUAACUCAAAACAAGAUGAUAUAUUGCAACUCCAGCAACAUUGUGAAGUUGCAAGUGGAUGAGGAGACAGCACUCAUGGAUGUUCAUCAGGAGACUUUGGACUUGGCCGACCUGCGUGGUAAGGAGCAGGUUGGCUUCUGGUUCCAGCUGAGCGUGCUCCUUCGCCGCCAUUUGCGCUCCAUGUCCAGGGAUAUGGUUGCCGUCCAGAUGCGACUGGUGAUGCACGUGGUAGUGGCGCUGCUGCUCGGCGUGGUCUACUGGCAGAUAGGUGGCGAUGCGGGGAAGAUAGUGUCCAAUGUGUCCUGCCUGUUUUUCAUAAUCCUGUUCGUGUUCGCCGGCAAUGCAAUGCCCUCCAUUCUGCUCUGCAUGCAGGACUCAGCGGUGUUCAUCAGGGAGUACUACAAUGGAUGGUAUUCCCUGGGAGCCUACUAUCUCUCCAAGGUCCUGGCCGAUCUUCCCCUACAGCUGACCUGCCCCACAAUGUUUAUCAGCAUCGGAUACUUUAUGACGGGUCAGCCGCCGGAGUUCCAUCGAUUUGCCAUGUGCUGGGGCAUCUGUGUGAUGACCGCUUUCAUUGGCCACUUUAUCGGUGUGAUUGCGGGAUCGCUGUUCCCCAUGCAGCUGGCCAUAUUCCUGGUGCCGAGUGCCACGAUUCCGUUCCUCCUCUUCUCCGGCUUCUUCAUCCGGCUGAGCGAGCUCUCCUGGUUCCUGCGUCCCAUCUGCGAUGUGUCCUUCUUCAGAUACAUCUUCGAGGGCUUGAUGAGGGCCAUUUAUGGAUAUGAUCGAGGGGAAUUGGAGUGCCAUGCCGCUAUGAAUUUCUGUUACUACAGGACGGCGGAUCAGUUCCUCAAGGACUUUGCGAUGCAGGGCGACGAGUUCGGUUGGGAUAUGGCUGUCCUGGGGGUGUUUGUAAUCCUCCUGCUCCUCGCCUUCUUUGUGACCCUGAGCACGGUCAUCCGACGAGCUCUUCGGUGAUAUAAUUGGUUAGUUACUUAGGCUUAAAAUGUAUUUAAUUUGAAAUAUAAUUACUUUUUGGGGAGGU